AUGGCACAUGUCGCUGGGAUUAACUUGGACAUUUUGAAAGUGUGUAGACUCUUUUAUGAAGAAGGAUCCAAAAUAUUCUGGAAUGAAAACACGUUCCUGCCGCCGAAACCUUUGACUUUAGUGGCUGAAUUGGGAUGGGUCACCCCAAGUAAACCACGGGUGGUCUCCACAGAGGAAGGCCAAAUAUGUCGAGUUGUCGUCCAGGUAUAA